AUGAUCCAAAUUCAAUAUCGAUUUCCCUCGUCCUCAACGUACAGGAAACCCGCCGCUCUUCACCUUCCAAAUUACCAUUACGGAGUCGACUGGAUUGACGACAAGCUGCUGGACAUUAACAAGCCGCUCUUGGUAACUCUAAACCCUCUCCAACAACACCUCCAAGAAGCACCGGAAGGAAAUUUACUAGGAGACAUAACAAGUUCCAAUGACAGUGAUUUUAGCUUCGACGAGUUUACGUCAAUAGAUAGCAGCCCUAGCAUCAGCACUAGCAGCAACAGCAGCAGUUGCGGAGAGUGCUCGACGUGCGGCGAUGCGGACGACGAACAAUCGCGUGCUGACACCACAUCGGCGAGACACCAAGACUCGGAUCUCUCGGAUGCUGCCAGCCAGUCUGACGACGAAGACAGUGACGGCGAGUUGUCUGAUGGAGACGACACGCGUUGGAGCAUGCAGACUCCUCCUGAAGCUCUACGGCAAUGUACCAUCCAGGAGACCAUCCGACCGACAAUGUAUGAAGAGUUCACCAAGAGCGGCUUGGACUGGUGCCGAUACUGUGGUGUCACCAAAGGCGGCCAGACCACCGCGAGCUUCCGCCCGGGGCCCUGGGGCAAGCGAACUCUUUGCAAUUGCGGUGUCGGUUUCACUAGCAAGCACGGAUGUGACUAUAAAGGAUACGGCUAUGCAGAUAAGCAAAGCCGUCUGGACCUCAGCCGCUUCACCCGCGAAUCAGCAAAAGAUCGUAUUCGACCGAUUCUUCAAGAUUUCUGUGCCACGUGCUUUCAGAAGGAUGUGCCACACGCUUCUUCGUUGAUUCAAUGCAAUGGCUGCCCUAGGGCUUUUCACCCGACUUGCUACAGCGGGGCUAUACGCAACAGCGACGAUGGUCGGUGGUACUGUGACCCACAAUGCGAGAGUAACCGUAGGCUUGCACGAGUCGUUCUCGACCUGCCAAAGCGCCGACUUCCGUUCAUGACGGCGGGAAUCUCAGAGCGAGGACUCGCCCAAUCCGAAGGCUUGCCGUCGGAGUGGCGUGCAUCAGAUAGCAGCAAGAGUACUCCUUCGAAGCGGCGUCAUUCAUCCGGCCAUGGAAGCGCCAAAGAUGCUUUGCCGAAAAAGCGGCGAGACUCUGGUUGCUUGGAUGUCAAAGGGGCGCAGGAACGAAAUCAUCCUUACUAGCUGGAUAGUUUUGCGUCUGUCUCUUCGCGUGGCUCGCAUAUCGUGAAGAUCUGUAGUGAUUCACGGUAGGUGAUAAAUUCAUCAUUGCGGAGCAUCCAGAAAAUCAUCUACAUUUGGAUACUGCACGACACGAAUAAGCAUGAAACUACCGAUUAAGCUAGGCAUAAGUAUCUACCUUAUAGGAGAACUCAUCCGGCACCCUACACGUAGGGAGACGUAGACAUUUGAAUAAAUGGCCUAAACAUUUCGGGAUUGUGAUACUCCUGUGUA